AUGGCCUCAGAUAACUCCACCAUUACUUUCACAAACCCCGUCAUCAGGGGCUUCAACCCAGACCCCACCAUCUGCGUGGUUCCAGCUAUGGAUUCUGCGCCAACAACAUUUUUUCUCAGCACUUCGACUUUUGAGUUCUUUCCAGGCUGCGCGAUUUAUACAUCUACCAACUUGAUCGAUUGGAAACUCAUUGGUCACGCUCUGACUCGUCGGAGUCAGAUCGAUUUGCGUACUGUUGAGCCGGGUGCUGGAAGUUGGGCAAGCACUUUGAGAUAUAGACCAGAGGAAAAGAGGUGGUAUUUGGCCAAUGGGUUAUUCCACAGAUAUCGACCUACAAUUGAUGAACGUAUCUUCCCUCGGGGCUUCUAUGUAUGGACUGAUAAUAUUUGGGAUGAUAAUGCCUGGUCCGACCCGGUUUACUUUGAUAACCCGGGCUUUGACCAAGAUCUAUUCUGGGAUGACGAUGGAAAGGUUUAUCUAUCCACAACAAUGCGCAUCGCCUGGCGCGACCCAAACUCGAAACAGAAGGACUUUGCAAUCUACAUCUCCGAGAUAGAUAUCUCAACAGGCCGGACACUCACCCCACCAAAGGUUAUCCGGGAGUCUCCCUAUGGCCUCGCAGAAGGAUCACAUAUCAUUAAACGUGGAGACUGGUACUACCUCUUGACUGCCGAGGGAGGCACAGAGCUAGGCCAUCAGGAAUGGAUACUCCGCAGCAAAGAUGGCCCGUAUGGUCCUUGGGAGAGUCAGGGUAAACCGCUAUGGUAUAAUGGACCCGAUGAAGAGGUUCAGAGAACAGGGCAUGUUGAUGUUUUCCAGGAUGGGGAGGGGGACUGGUGGUCUGUUUUGCUAGGCGUGAGGCCGGUCAAGCAUAAUGGAGCCUUUUUGGAACCUCACUUAGGUCGAGAGACCUUUCUUGUCAAGGUUGAAUGGGAAGACGACUGGCCUAUUUUCAACGACGGUAACAACAUCUCGUUGACGACCGCAGGACGAGACAUUGUCAAGAGCGCCUCAAAUCAAGGUCCACAGAUAUGGAAGGCUGAUCUCCAGCGAGAUACCCUCGAACUAGGAUGGUAUCAGAAGGGAACACCUACCAAGCAAAGUUACAGUCUUACAGAACGACCUGGCGCUUUGAGACUUUAUGGAAAUUGCUACGACUUGACAAGCCCCGAGGCUCCAACCAUGCUUCUUAGAAAGCAGACUUCGUACAACCAGAUUUUUAGAGCCAAGAUGAAGUUUAACCCUACGGUUCGAGGGUAUGAAGCUGGUGUUGUUCUUUGGUGGAGUCAAUACUCCUACGCUUCUCUCGGAGUCGUCGCCUUGCUUGGUGACAAUGGCACGUUAGUCCCGAAGAUAUCUUACAAGGGCACGACCGGAAAAGCUGGAGAAUUCAAGACGUCCACUACAGAUUUGGAGGGAGGUCUAGGUAGCACUGUCGACUUAUGUAUUCGCGCCUAUUUGACCCAGUACGAGCUUUCAAUCGAGUCAGAAGGAAGGCAAUCGGAGGUCUUUACUGUAGAGACAAGUGCUUUGACGGUCAUGCCUCGUUUUGGAGGAUGUUUUGCUGGUGUCAUGUUUGGAAUUUACUCGUGCGGAAAGAACCAGCCUGUGUUGGACCCAGCCGACUUUUGGGACAUCAGUACUGAGGAGCUUGAAGCAUAA